CACUCUCUCUCUCUCCUGGACUUUCAUAUUUAAUCUAUCUGAAAGAUGAACGCAUCCAUUUCACAAGCUCACAAUGAUUGCGUUUCCAUCUUUCUUGCGUUUAUCGCAUCCCGUCAUGACCCAUCCUCUUACCUAAAGCACCAGGACGAGGUACAAGAUACUUUUGAUAGAUACAAGCUUUGGGCUGGAAAUGUUGGUGCUAUACACAGUGGUAGAAUAUCUCUAGAUCAUCGGUUGAGGGAUGCAUCUUUUUUCAAAAUCCAGGUAUUGAAGUUGAUGCACGAUUUGCAGAGCUGUUAUUGCAAAGCCUCGAGUACGCUUGGAGAUAACAGUGUAGCAGCUCAUGAUGGUCUAGCUGAGAAUUUCGAGCCAUCGUGUACUGAUAUGGAUGAAUCAGACUGGUCUGACUCCACAUGGGAGGUUUCAUCCGACUCCGAGAUCGAGCAAUCCCCUAAAGGACAGCUUCCCCGCAAAACUUCAAAUAUGCGAACUUUGCAACCUCACCUUUCAGGGAAGCCAGGUUUGCUGGACUCCAUCAACUUCAUCAUCGAUUGUCUUUGGAAGUUACCCAUUCGGCGUCCGGCACCGAUCGAUCGUAUGAAGAGUAAACACGCCACUGACACGGCGGGUUACUUGCCGUAUGAUAUCAUGCAUGUCAGAGACAAGUUCCCUGAUCUGAACGAGAUAGUUGCUGCAAGACUGGCGAAGAUGAUUACGAGGCGCAGGCAACUUAUCAGGUAUCGUCAAGAUCACACAAAAGCCUUGCAAGGAGAAGAAGUGAAGAUGACUGAGUUUCCCAAAUUUGAAUCCAGCCCCGUGCCUAUACACAUCGAAAGUGGUGUGGUUGGCGGAUCAACGCCUAGCUUAAGGGCCCCCAGUCAACACACGGAAAUUACAAAAGCGACAACUGUAAAACUCAGUAAACCCCUAGCAGCACUUUCACCGGCGAUCGGAUUGUAUGCUCCGUCAAUUUCCGAGUUUGGCUCUUCCACCGCAUCGGAGCAGACGGCGAACGCUAUCACGAUCAGAAUCCCGGAUCGGCCAACAGGAAAAGGGGGGACGUCAUCAGGACAUUUCAUAUGUCCUUAUUGCUCCACAGCUCUCCUUAUCACAUCUGACCGUGCAUGGAAGAAACACGUUCUCUCCGACCUUCAGCCCUACGUCUGCACAUAUCCAGAUUGCGAACUACAUGACUACAUGUUCGAAUCUCUUGGUGACUGGUUUCGCCAUGAGUCUCAAACACAUCGCGUGGAGUGGUCGUGCAACACAGAGUCUCACGAAUCCAUUUCCGAUACCGAAGAAUUCCUCAAUCACAUGCGCACAGUUCAUUCGGAGCCCCUUUAUCGAACACAGGUUCCAAGCCUGCGCCGCGGUUUUCAGCGACACACCAAUGUGAAUUCAGGAACUUGUACCUUAUGUGGCGAAUAUGCGAACAAAUUGAGGACCCAUCUCGCGCGACAUCUUGAACAACUCGCCUUGUUUGCCAUACCUCAAACGGACUACAUGGCUGCUCUGGAAGAAGAUGACACAUCAUCCAACGCUGCACGACAAGGUGUCCGCGCAUCGUCUAGCACAAGCUCGACAAACGUAGUUUCAACGAGGUCGAUUCCUGAGUCUGAUCCGGAUUUUGAGAGAUCUGACCACAAUGCUUUUCAUGCAAGUUCAAGAAGAUAUGUAACAAGCCUGGAGAGUCUGAGCGAGGAGUACGAGGGGGAGAUAGACACCUCUUGGGAUCAAAUCACGCCAAAGUUCAAGGAAGCCCGAGUUGCAAUGCCUACACAACAGGAAGUGGAAACCUCCAAGCGCCGAACGAGGCCACGAAGUAAUGCAAUAAUUCUAGGAGGUUCAUCAGGAGACGUACUUGACCGCUAUAACUUUGCUAAAUAAAUUAGUACAUGUCGCAUAUGUUGUUAGUCUCAUCAUGAUUUCCCGUACAUACA